CGGCGCGUUGCAGUUAAAGCAGAGCCUACGAGACGACAUAGCGACGAUAGAUGCAAUGAAGAUACAGACGUAUCAACAAUCCGAGUUACCUGCACAAAUAGCAAUGGACGAAGUAUAUGAUAGUGAUCUUGUAUGCCAGAUAAGUAUCACGGUAAAUUCAAUCAGCGACGUUUAUGACAACUCCUCCGGGCAUUUUCUUGGAGUUGCUGCCAUGAAUAUACGGGUACAAGAUGACACCCAGUUCCAGGAGAACCUGAACAAGGCGAUCAGCAAUACAAGACCAGAAUUAUGGACUCCAUCAAGCCCAAGGGAAGUGUUAAACUUGCAAACCUGUUCCGUGGACACAUGGCCAUGCCAGGAUGGCUUUCCACAGUUCUCUGGCUGUAGCUUCAAUGAUUCACUUAUUGGCUCCUUGGAAAUCAAGAGUCAGACUCAGCACGGGAAAAGCGGGCGUGGAGUCCAAGUCUUCCCAGUAAUCAAGGACGGCCGUAGAUCAGAUGCAUAUCAAAGGCUGUCUGCAUGUUUCGAGAAGAUUCCAGUACAAACUGGGACAUUGCACAUUUGGUUCAAUGGUGCAUCCAGGCCGUCGGCAUCAGAAAAUCUGGGCCGUCCACGAAGUCAGAGGGAGGCUCAUUCUGCCUUGCAUGUACUUCCAGCCAGAUUGCUGCUCGCGAGGCUGACGUGCGGAGAGGCUGGUGCCAGAUGCUUUGAGAAAGCGCCAGCCAGGGAGGAGAUGCUGGUGGAGUGGCCACUGCCAGGAGCUGCGGCCAUAGCUGUAGGAGGACAAGGGGCGAGGAGGAGGAGGUUCAGGACUGUGAGACUGCCAGGAGGGGCGUGAAUGGAAAGCUUACCUGAACUGACCUGGCGAUGAUAAUAUUGAAGCAGCUGCGGAUCUCCAUGAGGUUGCGGAAGGUCAUCACCAACCUCCAUAGCCAGGGCUAUGAUUGAAGGCUGGGCGCCAUUGUUGAAACCUUCAAAGAGACUUUGUCAGUGAUCAUUGGAGACUGUCUGCGGUGACGAUGUUGGCAGGGAGAUACCCGGUGGAGAAAUGAGAGUUGGAUAUUAUUGAUUGUGAAUAUACCUCUUUUCUCUCCCUCCUCUCAUUCUCCUCCUCUCCCUGUAUGGUUCUGACUACUUGCUGCUUCUGAAAUGUGCAACUGAUCGGGUUGGACUUGUAAUCAUCUCUGGAGACUACAUUUUGAGCGCUGGUUUGAAACUUGUGUAUCAUUGCUGUUUGUGCUUUCCAACGACGCUGGGUUCAUUACAGC